UUAGACUUCAAUAUUCCAAGCUCAUGAACUCACCCCCGUUCGGGGGGUCAUAAGCACUUUACCAGCUUACCUAUAGUGCUGUAUUGCAACAAUUGCUCUGCAAAAAACUUGUUGCAGCGUGAAGAUGGAUCCUUCAGCCCCACAGACAGUAGCCAAGGGUGUACUCAUAACAUGCGACUACUGUCUGCGGUUUGACUUCAGGGUUGUAUGGCGUCCUCAAAUCACAACCACCAGGCCCUCUAUCGUUGUUUUCGGCUUUGAAUAGUGGCAUUGCAUCUGCAACAUUCUUCAGUAUGAUGUGCUUUUCUUCAGGAAUUCGACAGAAUUAACUGGCCCAUCCAGGCAUACGAGAGUACCUUGUUGGCCCUGUACUCGUCUUCUCAAUGCCCGGAAAACAGUACGAACUGCGCAGACAGAGACUCAAUGAAGCUACAGAAGGGGCUCCUACUGAUGUUUCCCGAAUAACGUGGGGUGACAUCCGCUCUCGUAAAGUACUCGACUCCAGCCUUAGCGGAGCUUUGGCUGGUGGCAUUCUUAACUCCUGGAAGCGCGGAAGAUCGGGAACUGUUCCUGGUCUAGCGACGGGCGCGGUGAUGUGCGGGCUCUUACAAUGUGCAUUCAAUGAGUUCGACAUUCUGAGGAUAACUCAUGUCUCCCGAGUGGCGCACACACCGCCUGUAGCAGCUGCUAUACCUGUAGCACCUGUUCCGACAGAACCCCGCCCUCCCUCCUUACCUGUGGCCGCCCUAGAACCACCCAGAUCGCUCACGGACCGAAUAUUUGCUAUGUUGGGUCAUAGAAUAUCCGACGAGGAGUAUCUGAACAGGGUGAAGACUCAAAGGGAUAAUCAUCUCCGUAGGAUCGAGCAACUUGAACGGGAACGUGACGGAAAGCGCGAGACUUGACAUCUCAUCGUCUUGCUACGGUUCUCGUACCGUUACACCAUCCCAUAUUGCCACAAAACUCCCUUUCUUCCAAGCCUUUAUUGCACCUUACCCAUCACUCGUAAUCAAGCACCCUAUAGCAAUGGACUUGUUGAGGCUUGUCGUUCCUUUCGCGUACUUGAGAGACACAUUUGGCGUGCACCCGCAGUUCCUUGGAGGGUAACUUUCUUCAACCAUGUUGAUGUCAAAAGUGUGCAGAUUGUGCUGAGUAGUCAACCGUGGCACUUCAGGUCUGCCACACGACUCGAAUCAAAUUCUCGUCGGCCAUGCAGUGUGAAAUAUAAGGUGCGUAUUCAAGCUGGAUAGA